CCUACAAACAAUUAUCAUACCUAUAUCUUGCUUUUUUAUUAGGACAUAGUCUUCAAGAUGGAUUCUAUGUUAAAUUUCCUGUUUUUACCCUCUCUGUUUCUGCUACUUCUUCUACUUCCACAUCAACCAACUCAAGCACAAAAUUUUUUCUACCAAUCAACCAAUAAUCUCACUUUUUCUGCAACUGAAUCUUCAGCAGUUCAGAGAAAAUGCAACAUUUUUCAAGGAAAAUGGGUGUUUGAUACUUCUUCUCCACAUUAUGAUGCUUCACACUGCCCGUUUAUUGACCUUGAAUUCAACUGCGAUAGUAGACCUGACAAGUUGUUUCAAAAGUAUAGGUGGCAACCCUUUAAUUGUAAUUUACCAAGGUUUAAUGGGCUAUAUUUUUUAAAGAAAUGGAGGGGAAAGAAGAUAAUGUUUGUGGGUGACUCACUGAGUUUGAACCAGUUUGAAUCGUUGGCUUGUAUGAUCCAUUCUUGGGUUCCCAACGCUAAGACUGCAUUCUAUAGGGACGAUGUUUUACGUUCCCUGACUUUUCAGGAAUUCGGAGUGACUCUAAUGUUGUAUCGUACACCAUUUUUAGUAGACCUUGUUAGUGAGAAAGUUGGGCGUGUGUUGAAGCUUGAUUCCAUCAAUGGUAACGUGUGGAAAGGAAUGGACAUGCUCAUUUUCAAUACAUGGCACUGGUGGACUCACACCGGCCGAGCUCAGCCGUGGGACUAUAUACAAGAUGGGAACAAAUUAUAUAGAGAUAUGAAUCGUGUGAUGGCAUAUUAUAAAGGCCUAACAACUUGGGCCAGAUGGGUUGAUCUCAAUGUCAAUCCUGCCAAGACUAAAGUCUACUUCGUUGGCAUUUCUCCUUCCCAUGAUUUUGGAAGUGAUUGGAAUGAACCAAAAAGAUCAUGUUCAAGGGAGACACAGCCACUUUCCGGCACAAGAUAUCCGGCUGGUUUACCAGAAGCAUGGGCUGUGCUAGAGAAAGUAAUAAGUAGAAUAAGGAAGCCAGUGUAUUGGCUUGAUAUUACAAUGCUCUCACAAUACAGAAUUGAUGGCCACCCUUGGAUAUAUGGCGGCCAUGGUAAGGAUUGUAGUCAUUGGUGUUUGCCUGGAUUGCCUGAUACUUGGAACCAACUUGUGUAUGCUUCUCUCUUCCAAUGAGUUUUUCACUUUAAAGAGUAAAAUUAGCAAGAAAUUAAUUCCAUUAAAGAUAGAACAUGCACUACUAAUUAAAGAUAGUGCUAUAAUUAGUGGAGUUAGGUAGGGUUUGUGUGAUUUAUUUUCUUUCGUUUUUCGCUUUAGUAUUUGGAUUUUGAUCUUAUGAUUCUUUUCUUGUAAGAAGUGGGGUGCAUAAGAUGGACUUUUGCUUCAAGUGUAAAUGUGUCCAUCUUUGGUGGAAGAGGUGCACUAUUUUUUAAGUGAUUGCUAGUUACAUGGAUUAUAAAAAUAUGAAAUUAUAUUAUAUUUCUUAAUUUUGCAAA